AACGUUUCGUGUUUGUAUUGUUUAAAUGGUUCACUUUUGACAAACAAUUUUGUCUUUUUACCGCAACCGGCGAAGUGACAAGUCCCCUGGAGCUAAUAAUAAACAUGUGAAUCGCUUCUGUGACAUUUCUGCAUUGUAGCUUGAGAAGUGUAUUUCUUUUUCUUCGAAUAUUUACACUAUGGAAUCAACUGCAACUGAACUGUUGAUGCCUUCAAGCAAAAAGAUAAAAUUGGAUGAUAAUCCUUCUUGCUCAAAUUCAGUUGAAGAUGGCAGUAAUAAUCCAUGCAAAGAACUGAUUCCCAAGAAAGCAUCUACACCGAACAGCUCAGAAUCUGAUCAAAAGCAAAAUAAUUGCAGUUCAGACAACAGGAAAAAAUCAGUUGAUGAUGUUGAGAAUGAACUAGAAAAUAAUGAUUCUAAUUAUUUUAGGUGUUAUGCUGAUCUUUCUAUUCAUCGAGUGAUGAUUGGUGAUUAUUCAAGAACACAAACUUACAGACGAGCAAUCCUUACAAACUAUAGGUUGUUUCAUCAAAAAGUUGUCCUGGAUGUGGGUGCUGGAACUGGUAUUCUCAGCUUAUUUUGUGCUCAAGCUGGAGCCAAGAAAGUUUAUGCCAUUGAAGCCAGCUCAAUUGCAACAGAAGCUCAAAAAGUUGUUACCACAAAUGGGUACUCAGACAGAAUCAUAGUUAUGCAAGAAAAAGUUGAAGAUGUUGACUUACCAGAAAAAGUAGACAUUAUUGUUAGCGAAUGGAUGGGUUAUAUGUUGAUGUAUGAAUCGAUGCUCCCAUCUUUACUCUAUGCAAGAGAUAAAUGGCUAAAAGAGGAUGGCCAUUUAUUUCCUGAAGAAGUUAGAAUAUACAUUGCUCCAAUCUGUGAUCAUCAAGAGUAUGAAUACAGUGUAGAAUUUUGGAGAAAAGUUGAAGACGCUUACAAAGUUGAUAUGAGUGCGUUAGCUAAAACUGCUGCUGAACAGAUGCAAGCAACUGUCCAUGUCAUGUCUGUUGAUCCAGCAUCUAUCCAAUCUCAUGCAAGCUGUGUCACUACCAUGAAACUUGCAACUGUUGGUCAAAACGACUCCGACUGUGCUCAAGGGACAUUCGAAUGCAAUUGCUUUGGGCACGCCAUUAUUCAUGGUUUUGUUAUUUGGUUCACUGUGCAUUUUCCAAGCAAUGUUGUUUUGUCCACUUCGCCCUAUGAAAAAGAGACUCAUUGGGAACAGUCUGUGUUGUAUGUCCCUCCUGUAGCCGUUGAACAAGAUACUAUGGUAUCUGGGAAGUUGUGGAUACGUAAAGGAGAAGUGUAUCAUAGGUUUUUAGACAUAGAACUUGAAUAUGCUGUUUCUAGCACUGGAGAAAAGAGAAAAAUGAAGUUUAAAAUGAAAGAUUAAUGUAAUUAAUUUAUACCUUCAAUUUUAAUAAAAAUUGUUUUUUCCC